CCGCUACUAACUUCCUUCACCACGUGUUGUAGUAGUUUCUUUCUCACUCACUGAGAGCGAAGAGGCCGAUUCACCAGCAGAAAUACUUCUGUCUGUGUACAACCCCUCUCUCAUAUUAACUUGUCUUAAUUUAUCAGAAUUUUUUCAUCAUCCAAGAUGUCCACUGAAACUAAUGAAGGAGAAGUAUUUGCCUUUCAGGCUGAAAUUGCUCAGUUGAUGAGCUUGAUCAUCAACACAUUCUAUUCCAACAAAGAAAUCUUUCUCAGGGAGUUGAUUUCUAACUCUUCUGAUGCUCUUGACAAGAUCAGAUACGAGUCUUUGACUGACCCGUCCAAACUAGACAGUGGCAAGGACUUAUACAUCAAGAUCAUCCCCAACAAGGAGGAUAACACAUUGACCAUUAUUGACACUGGUAUCGGCAUGACCAAGGCUGAUAUGGUCAACAACCUGGGUACCAUUGCUAAGUCUGGUACUAAAGCUUUCAUGGAAGCUCUGCAGUCUGGUGCUGAUAUUUCCAUGAUUGGUCAGUUUGGUGUCGGUUUCUAUUCUGCU